AUGAAACUUCAAAAGACGCUUUGGCUUGGCUUGGCCUUCUUCAGCAUUGCCUCUGGCAUCUGCGUAGUAGAAGAGGAUAUCGGCAUAUUCUUCGAAACUGAACGGCCGCCUCCUUUGUUCAUUAUCCAUUGUUCAUCGAUAGGUCGAUCAACGAACAAUCAAGUCACACAGCAGAAAAGUCGUAAGGAAUCACAGAAAACAGGAUCUGAACGACCAAAUAGCAGAAGAAUUGCGUGA